CAAUCUAUGUUUUACUUUGGAGUUUAGGGUUUGUCUCUUUCCGCUCUGUUCAUCCAAAAGUUUCCUUUUUUAUGUAACUCGAUGCGUCUUUGAGUUUCUCUGUAUCAGAGAUCUUCAUGCUUUGAUCACUAAACUCGAGAGAGUUUUUACUUAUUUACUCUUCUUCUCCGAGGAAAAAAUUGCUAAAUUACUGUUUUUGAGUUGUUUCUAAGUUGGGAAUUCUCCUUUUGUUGUUGUUUGAUCGUCUUUCCUUAUUGGGAUGAUGUUGUUUCCUAACCAAAGUUUGUACCUUUUUGUGUGUUUUUGUUGCUGUUACUGCAUAGUUUUGUAGUGUAAAACAAUGGGUCCAGCAUGGUUUGGUAAAAUCUACAACAAGCUUGAAACUAUACUUGUGGAGGUGGACACUUUCACUUCACAGAGCACUCUUUGUUUAAAUUCAGGUGAUCCUUCUGGAUGGGAAUCUGUAAGAUUUGAUCCAGAUGAGUCCGGAGAGGACCCUUCUUCUGAUUUGCAGCAACACCAUGACCGGCUCGGUUUACCGAGGUGUGACAGUCCUUCUGAUCCACCAUCGCAUCAGAACUUUGACGUUUCAGGAUAUGUAGGGGUUGAGGAUUUACAAGUUGAAGAGGAUAUAUUGAAGGAGGAUUUGUCAGUCUCCUCCUCCUCUUCCUCGUCGUCUGAUGGAGAAACACUCUCUGGAGCUUCAUUGAUUCAAGAGUACUGUGCUGGUAAUCUCACAUCAGCUACUAGACAUGGCGAUGAGGAGUCUCAGAUCAGUAACACUUUAACUCCUCAGAAAUUUUCUGCUAAUAAAGUGGGAAAUGUAGAAGAAGUUAAGGUUGAAUCGUUCAGAGAUUAUGUUUCCACAGAAUCUCAGUCUACUACUCAAAGCUCGGGAGAAAGUUUUGGGACUGUAAUAGAACGUAAUGAUGAUCCAGAUACGCUUGGGAUCUCUAUAGAUGAUUCAAAUCUAAAUCAAACCGAAACAAAGAGUUCAGAUGCGUCUGUUCAAGAUAAUGUGGCAGACAUGAGAUACUCUAAUGAGGAGGAUGAUUCAGAUGAUGUGAUUAAUGGCAAAUUUGAUGCUGCUCCACUGGAUACCAAAGCAUUAUCAUUUCGAGAAGAGCCCUCCUGUGUUGACGACAAUGCACUCUAUGCACUCCAUGUCAGGACCAAGAAGCUCAGAUCGGUAAAGAGAAAGAUCUUGGAUGCUUUAGCUACAAAAAGAAUAAGAGAGAAGGAGUAUGAGCAGCUUGCAAUUUGGUUUGGAGAUGCAGAUAUGGGUUCUGAUCUGGUCAAAGAAGCCAUAGACUCCAAAAGCUCACAGGUACUUGAAUCAGAAGAUUCCCAAUGGGAGCUAUUGUGAGAGUCAUGCUCACAUCAUUUUGUACUAGUUUAAACCAAGCCUUUGUAUAAUAGUGAGUUUCCUUUUGCUUUAUUAAAAACAUAAACGAGCUAAUCUGCUCUGAGAUGCAAACUUUUUUCACAAUGAAUAACCAAAACUUCAUCCUAUCUAAAAAAAACCAUUAAUGGUAAAAACUUCAUGUUCUUCAGAA